CCUUUUAUUUCGCCAUCGCCACGCCUUUUCUCCUUAUACGGCUUGGCCACGCCCUCCCCCUCACGGGGCCGCGCCCGCGCGGUUCGAGCGCGGCCAUGGCGGAGCCGGGGAUGGAGCCGGAGCCGGGCCCGGAGGCCGUGACGGCCGAGGCGGUGCUGAGGGAGCUGCGGCUCUUCGAGCUGCGCUGCGAGGGCGAGGAAGUGCCCGACAAGCUGGUGGAGCUGUGCCUGAGCCACGGGCUGGGCCCGGUGGCCUUGGCCAACGAGCUGCUGGCCUUCGUCACCAGCAAGGACCUCGACCUGCAGCUCACCCCCGAGGGCCUGGACGCCUUCGAGCACGAGGUGCUGGCCAAGCGCGGCGGCCGCGGGCGGCGCGGGCGGGACGAGCGCCGGGGGCUCCUCCACGACAUCCACUCGCUGCAGGAGCUCCUCCACGAGGAGCAGGAGGACGAGCUGCUGGACGCCUACACCACCCCAUCCAAGGGCUCCCAGAAACGCAGCAAUUCCACGCCGGAGACGCCCCGGCCCAAGCGGGCGCCCUCGUCCCGCAGCCCCUACGGGCUCUUCUCCCCCAGCAGCUUCUCCCCAAGUGUCACCCCCUCGCAGAAAUACUCAUCCCGGGGGGGCCGGGGCGAGGUCGUGGCCUCCUUUGGCUCCGUGCAGGGCCCGGCCUGGCGCGGCCGCGGCGGCUGCGCCGUCAGAACCUUCGGCUGCCCCGAGCAGAGCCUCAGCAAACCCUACAAAUUCAUGUUCCAGAAGGCGCUGGACGUGCGGGAAGCGCUGGCCGAGCGGGUGGAGGAGCUGGGGGAGGUUCUGCGGAGGCACCACGGCCUGGACGCCUUCAGCUCCGCCGUGCUCCCGGCCCAGGAGCCGGUGACGGUGCUGGGCCAGAUCGGCUGCGACGGCAACGGGAAGCUGAACGCCCACUCCGUGCUGCUGCUGGGGGACAGGGAGCACUCGGGGGGGGCCCAGGUCCCUCUGGACCUCUCCGAGCUUCCAGAAUAUUCCCUGUUCCCGGGACAGGUGGUGGCCCUGGAAGGCACCAACAGCACGGGCAGGAGGAUGGUGGUGACCAAGCUCUACGAGGGGGUCCCUCUGCCCUUCCACACCCCCACGGAGCCGAUGGCAGGGCAGAGGCUGGUGCUGGUGGCCUGUGGCCCCUUCACGCCCUCGGACAGCGUCGCCUUCGAGCCCCUCAGUGACCUCCUGGAGCUCGUGGCCCGGGACCGCCCCGACGUUUGUGUCCUGGUGAGGAGACCCCAGCGAGCCCCUCAUUAACCACGGGUAUUAAUU